GGCCUGAUUGCAUGAGUAAAGGAGUAGAUAGCGGGAUUUAAGUGUUAGCAGUCUGCCCUUGUCUGCCUGAGCUUACUUAAAUCACUGUUUGAUGGUCUAUUGCCUGCUGUGCGUAUCAGGCUACUGUCAGCACCAUGGCAGAAGAAAGCGGCUUCGCCAAGAUCCUGCGUUGGAGGAACGCGUGCCAGAUGAAGGUGUUGUUGUGCGAGGCACUGCAAGAGUCGAUGCCUCUAGACCUCCGUGCUCUGUUGUUCCAAGGAGGAAACUUGUCUGGCUUUCUGUGGGACUUUCAGGACUUUAGCCUUGCGAAGGAGUGGGACAAGAAGGCGAUGUGGUGUAUGUUUCCCUUGUUCGUCUGCGAAAGACUAAGUGAGGAGGUAUAUACCCUAAAGCAGGAGUCGAAAACGUGGGAUGAAUUGGUGCGUUCCUUAAGGCUAAGAUUCCCAGAAGAUGGAAUAGAAGGCCCACGUGGGGAAUGCUCUGUGCCACCGGUUGCGGGCGCACCAUCGCUGGCGAAGUUAAGUGGGUUACAAAGACAAGUAGGGGUAUUGGAGGAGAGGUUAGCACGGCUAGAAGAGGCGAGGAAGGGUAAGCGGAAGGUUUCGGAAGACUCCACAAGUGAGCCGGCUGGCCAGGGUGAAGGAGGAGUAGAAAAGGGUGACCAGGAAUCGCCCUUCUCGAUAGGAACCCCAAGGAGGCAAGCCAGUGUUCAGGCGAGGGACAAAGGCAAGAGAGAGGAUGAGAUAAAGGAGGAGCAUGGACCUCUCAAGUUGACAAAGGUGCAGCGGAGGGCGAGGAAUCUCGCUCAGGACGAUCAAGGUACCAAAAAGGGACAGAGUUCGCAACAAGUAGCGGCUACCUCGCAAGAGGGGGAAGGCGAGGCAAGACCAAGGGGGCCUCCUUUGAUCGAGCAAGCAUUACAUGGGCAGUGGGUGCCGGGUAACCGAAUGAACUUGUGGUCGGCACACAAUCCUUAUAUGCCCUGGGUGCAAAGCAAUUACAUGGGCCCUUGGAUGAACAUGAUGCCCCGUGGGCCUCCGCCAGUCCAAAUCCAACCCGCCGGAUCGUUGUGGCCACCAAUACAGCAAGCUUCGCAGGACAGUAUGACAGGUGGAAGGGGCCAAAGACAGGCAAUUGGAAGGGGCCGAGGAGAUGGCGGGCGUGGCACUACGGGCCGAGGAGAUGGCGGGCGUGGCACUACGAGCCGAGGAGAUGACGGGCGUGGCACUACGGGCCAUGGAGAUGGUGGACGGGGCAAUAGAGGCCGUGAGAAUGACAGGCAAGGCGCCGAAGGUCGCGGCAGGGGCCAGCGAAACCAUAAGUGGGGUUCAAAGAAGAAAGGGGCAUAUGAUGGUGCCGAAUGAGAUGGUCAUUAGAGUGAGCCAAGUGAUUAAGGGCGCGGAGAGGGUAGAUGAGACGACUAGGGCAGAGAAAG